AUGGCGAGCCCUUCGAAUCAGGAGCCACAGACCAUUGGGACCCCCGUCGCAGUUUAUGCCGAUUUCUGCUUGAUUCCAAUUGGGACUGCGGAUACUUCGGUUUCAAAACAUGUUGCGGACGUUCAGCGGCUUUUGAAGAAGAGUGGACUAAAUUACCAUAUGCACAGUGCGGGGACGACCGUCGAGGGCUCCUGGGAGGAUGUUACUCGGGUGAUUGGCCAGGCUCAUUCUAUGCUCCAUGCACAGGGUAUCUCGAGGGUGCACACCGAUAUCCGUAUAGGAAGCAGGACCGAUAAACAACAAACUAUGCAAGAUAAGGUGGCUUCGGUGGAGAAGCUCGCACGAGAUCAGGAGAAAUAAACGGCUAUUGGACCUCAUUAUUUAUUCUCCCGGCCAACAGCAAUUUCCCACAAAUGUGUACUCGGGUAGUGGAAUAGAUUUCAUAAACUGUUUGGAGGAUAUCGAGAAGGGGAAUGAAAAAAACGAUCGUCGUGAGGCCAAUCCAAACCUAACCCUACGCUUGUCUAUUCGAAACCCAGCCAGAGGGAAUAAAUAUCGAACGAGAGGAUCAAUUACCGUGGCACCCUUUUAAUUGCAUCGCCGCUGGUUGAUAUUGUUCCAGGGGUUCGCUCUGAGCUCCCGUUACCACUGCUUUGUGGACUGUGCGUUCCGGAGAAGUUGACAGUCCGCGAGACAGUUCUGUUGGCUGGAGCACAGCUGUGUCGUAACGAGAACUUGUGUCGAAACUCCCCCGCAUGUCCGUAUGAAUGCGAUAUGAAGCUUCCAAUGACAUUUAAUUUUUCCAGGAUGUGAAGAAUUAAGAACUCCGACGUGUCCAAUUAUCUAUCGCUGCGUAGAUUUUCUUGUGGAAGUGAAGACUCACGAGAUCCCCUAUAAAUUCGGUGGUUGGAGAACCUUGAAAAGGCAACUCUUUUCUUACCUUUCUCCCUGAACAUCUAAACUCCCGGCCGUCCUCAUUCAUCUCCAUCACCAUCCGCGUCGUUCUCGGAUAAACAGUUAUAGAGACUACUAUAGUAAUUGCAUUUUUGAAAGCCACGCCAUCUGGAUAGCUUCUCAUCGACUUCAUUUUUCUUUCAUACGGUGAGUUUCAUAAUUUCAGCCCGGUUCCGGGAGACGACAAUACGGUGAUUGAUAGGAGGCGACCGCUCAACAGCAUCCGCAGGCGGUACAGAUACCGCGGGCGGAGAAAACAAAUCAAAGAUUAUAUAACUCUUUCACGCACUUAUAAUCCCCGUCUUUUGAGUGGCCAUGACAGCGGGACUUAGAUCAAGAGGUGGGGAGACUCAAACUCCACAGCUUUCUGAAUGCGGUCACGAUAAGUCUUGCCUUGAUUUUGGUACAGAUCGCGACAUCAAGUGUCGGAAAUGCUGGGAUAAUCGCGAGAUUCUCAUCCAAAGACUUAUUGAACCGUUUGAGCACGCCCUUGGUUCAUUUGGUGUUGACGCGGUGGUCACUGGUGAUGCCGUCGUCCCCCCACCAACAGCCUCAACAACCCCUGCAGAAAGAACCACUGGGAGAACGAGAAGCCUGCGACGGAGGGCGGGGUCGAAAAGGACAAGAAGCGAGUCUAGAGGGUCAACCCCGACACCCAAGGCACAAGAGACGAAGGAGAAAACCGCAGACUGGGGAUAUUCGCUGAGGUCAGCAAAUCGGAUAGUGACUGACCCUGAGGAAGAGGACUGCAUUCGAGUACAGGAUCUCAGUUUGAUGAGAUCUAGGUCUCAGGAUAGUAGCGGGCCGGUGGGAAAGAGCAUAAAGCCCACCUCACACGUGGCAGGGCUCAAUGAAGGCGGCAUUAAAUGGUGGGAGACAAGAGGAGCAGGGACCCACGGGAAAUCGGGAAAGCCUAUUGGUAAAGGAAACGAGAGAUCGUCUUCCGUAGCCUCAACUUCGGCCUCAAGGACGAAGGCCGCAGCCCAGCCGGUUAAAAAGUCGCAGCAGCAAACCUUGCUCUCGUUUUUUACUCCC